AUGGUGCUAAAAUUCCAAGCUAAUUGUCGCUCUUUGAUUCGACCAUUGUUUUCACGUUUUUAUUCGGCUCCUGUUGAUUAUUCGCAUGCUGUUAUCGGUGCAGGUGUAGUCGGACUGGCUAUUGCCAACGAACUUACCAAAGUCCCAGGCAAUAAAGUGAUUGUUUUGGAGAAGAAUGCAAAGAUUGGCCAAGAAACUUCGAGCCGUAAUAGUGAGGUGAUUCAUGCUGGUUUGUAUUACCCAGUAGAUUCGUUAAAAACGAAGUUUUGUAUUGAAGGAAACCAUAUCAUAUACAAUGAAUUGAAUCCCAGGAAGACUGGUGUCGAUUGGCUGAAAUGUGGUAAGUGGGUUGUGGCACAAACUGAUUUCGAAGAUGCAUAUGUUGAACGUAUGUACUAUAAAGCGAAAUAUGAGUUAAAUCUUCCAGUAGAAAUUUUGCCCAGUCACAAGACUCAAUGGCAAGAGCCAGCUGUAAUAGUCGAAAGAAGUGCACUUGUAUCUCCAACCACGGGUAUCAUCGACUCACAUUCUUUGAUAGAAUACCUCUCUGCUAUGGUUGAUAACCAGGGGGGUGAUACUGUGAUUGGAUCUGAAGUUAAGGAUAUUCAAUUUUUAGGAUCUAGCUACGCUCUCCAAUGCGUGGAAACGCUGAAUGGUACUGCAGAAGAAGUCGAGAUUCGUGUAGAAAAUGUUAUCAACGCUGCUGGAUUAUAUGCAGACAAGAUUGCUAAUAUGAUCUUACCACCUGAACGUCAGGUAAAGCAAUAUUAUGCCAAGGGCAAUUAUUUCACUUCGAAGACUCAAGUUCCAGCUGUGAGAAGAUUGAUCUAUCCUGUGCCUCCCAGAAAUGGCAAAUCAUUGGGAACUCAUUUGACCAUUGAUUUAAAUCAUCAAGUGAGAUUCGGUCCUGAUCUUGAAUAUGUUGACUCUGCGGAUGAUCUGAUCCCAAACCCGCUGAAUAUUGAAGACGCUGCCAAAACCAUCACAAGAUAUUUCCCUCAUCUGCAACCAGGUGAAUUAGAGGCUUCAUACUGCGGUAUCAGGCCUAAAUUAGCAGCACCAGGUGACACAGAAUUCAAAGAUUUCUAUAUUAAAGAAGAAGAAGGAUUCCCGGGGUUUGUUAACCUGCUAGGUAUCGAAUCUCCAGGUUUAACGUCAAGUAUCCCAAUCGGGAGAUACGUGAAGAAGAUACUUCACGGUUAG